AUGAGCGAGAUUCGUUAUGAUGUCACGUGGGCUGUGUUUCAUAGAGUAUGUGUGUUAUCAGCUGACGAAAAUAAUUAUCAAGAAGUCAAAGCUGAUAUAAAAAUAUUUGAAUGCACUAUUAAUCAAUAUAAGAAUUUGACACUUUCAGAAAAAGAUUAUCUGAUUUAUCAAUUUAGUCUUCUAGUUGAUAAAGUUAACAUUUCUAAUAAAAAAAGUAAACAAAGAGAAUGCGAAAAUUGCCAAAAUUGGACUUAUGCUCAACAGUACUGUGAAUAUUGUAUAAGAAAUUAUUUAUUAAAUAAUUUCAAUAAUUGGUCCUCUGGUAAUAUUGAAAUCGAUGAGCUAAUUCGUGAAUGUCAAUUAAAUACACAGAGACCUGAUUACAUUGUUGAAUGGAUGCCAUAUGAAAGUUUCGGUGAUAUAAAAUAUAAAACUAAAGGUGGAUGCUCUUCUAUUUAUAAUGCUAUUUGGAAGGAUGGAAGAUUUGAUAUGUGGGAUAAGCAAAAUCGUCAGCUUAAAAGAGCUGGUACCCAGCAUGUCAUUCUUAAGCGUUUGGAUCAUUCGAACGGAUUAAAUAAAAAAUGGAUAAUUGAGUUCAGAUCACACUUAAACUUUAUGAAUAAAAUCGCUUAUGUUGUUCGUUGCCAUGGAAUAACCUUGGACCCGAAUACACAAGAUUUCAUGUUAGCAUUGAAUCUUAUGGAAUGUAGUUUGCGGGAAUAUUUACUACAAAAUAACAAAUACAUUCUAUGGGAACAAAGAAUUAGGAUAGUUUAUGAUAUUGCAUAUGCUUUAAAUAUGAUGCACCAAUUAGACACUAUUCACAGAGACCUACACUCUGGUAAUAUCCUCCAAACUAGGUUUUCAAAAUGGUGGUUUAUUAGUGAUUUUGGUUUAUAUGGCUCUAUAACCCAAGAACAAGGGGGUGUAUAUGGAAACCUUCCUUAUAUUGCUCCAGAAAUACUAAAUGGUAAACCAGCAACAAAAGAAUCAGACAUUUAUAGCUUUGCAAUGUUAAUGUGGGAAAUAUUAUCCGGUAUACCACCAUUUCAGAGUCGUAACCAUGAUUUUAGUUUAGCUUAUGAUAUUUUAGAAGGUAUUCGACCACCAAUUAAUGAAUCUACGCCAUAUUGGUAUACUAAAUUGAUGAAACAAUGUUGGGAUGCUAUUCCUGAAAAUAGACCCAAUACGAAUACAAUAUUAAAUGAAAUAAGGAUGCAAUUACGAAUAAUUUAUCAAAAUGAAUUAAAAAAUAACAACCCUAUUCAGAUUGCAAUAAAUAAUAGCGGAAACAUUGAAAAUCAAACUUAUUCACCAGAAUCAACUGUAAAUAAAAUAUAUAGGUUUAAAGAUCUACCCGAACCGCGAAAUAAAAUUCAAG